ACAGUGCAUCUCUAAUAUUGAACAAACAAAGUUUACUAUUUCAUUGAACUGCAGGUAGCGGUAGUGUCUGCCGUGUUUCCAACAAAAUUAUAAGAAAAAAUGUCGCAGGAGGUUGAGGAAACACUCAAGAGAAUCCAGAGCCACAAAGGUGUUGUGGGUACAAUUGUGGUCAACAAUGAAGGUAUUCCGGUCAAAUCCACGCUGGACAACACUACCACCGUUCAGUACGCUGGCCUAAUGAGUCAGCUGGCGGACAAGGCACGAAGUGUGGUGAGGGACUUGGAUCCUUCCAACGACAUGACAUUCCUGCGGGUGCGAUCCAAGAAGCACGAGAUCAUGGUGGCACCCGACAAGGACUUCAUCCUGAUUGUCAUCCAAAACCCAACCGACUAAAUGGCAUGGUGCAUCGCGACUAUUGCUGAAUUAUCUGCACAUUUAUAUCUGUAUUCUAAUCAUCAGCGUAUAAAUGGAAAGUUAAAUUAUAAUGUAAUGAAAUUGUACUCCAUACAAUAAAUAUAUUUAUGCAU